UCUCUGACCCUCCCGCUCCUUGCAGCCAGGUGUCCGCCAUGCCAUUCUCAAACAGCCACAACCUCUUGAAGAUGAAAUACUCCGCGGAGGAUGAGUAUCCGGACCUGAGCGCCCACAACAAUCACAUGGCUAAAGUCCUGACCUUGGAACUGUACUCCAAGUUGCGGGGCAAGCAGACCCCUAGUGGAUUUACCGUGGAUGAUGUGAUUCAGACUGGGGUGGACAACCCAGGCCAUCCUUUCAUUAUGACUGUUGGGUGCGUGGCUGGCGAUGAAGAGUCAUAUGAAGUGUUCCGGGAACUCCUUGAUCCCAUCAUCAAGGACCGCCAUGGGGGAUACAAGCCGACGGACCAGCAUAAGACGGACUUGAAUCCUGACAACCUGCAGGGGGGUGAUGACCUGGACCCCAACUAUGUCCUCAGUGCGCGAGUCCGAACUGGGAGGAGCAUCCGAGGCUACUGCCUGCCCCCUCACUGCAGCCGGGGAGAGCGGCGUGCAAUUGAGAAGCUUUGUGUGGAAGCUCUGGCUAACCUGGAAGGGGAUCUCAACGGGAAGUACUAUGCUCUGAAGAACAUGACGGACGCGGAGCAGCAGCAGCUCAUUGAUGACCACUUCCUGUUUGACAAGCCCGUUUCCCCUCUGCUCUUGGCCUCGGGGAUGGCUCGGGACUGGCCUGAUGCCCGGGGCAUCUGGCACAAUGACAACAAGACCUUCCUUGUGUGGAUCAACGAGGAGGACCACCUUAGAGUUAUUUCCAUGCAGAAGGGGGGGAACAUGAAGGAGGUCUUCAACCGCUUCUGCACUGGGCUAACGCAGAUUGAAACGCUCUUCAAGUCCAAAAACUAUGAAUUCAUGUGGAACUCCCACCUUGGCUACGUCUUAACCUGCCCUUCCAACCUCGGUACGGGUCUCCGUGCCGGAGUUCAUAUCAAGCUCCCCAACCUUGGCAAGCAUGAGAAGUUCGGUGAAAUCCUCAAGCGGCUGAGGCUGCAGAAACGGGGCACAGGUGGUGUAGAUACAGCUGCUGUAGGAGGUGUUUUUGACGUCUCGAAUGCGGACCGCCUGGGGUUUUCCGAGGUGGAGUUAGUACAGAUGGUGGUGGACGGGGUGAAGCUGCUGAUCGAAAUGGAGAAAUGUCUUGAGAAGGGCAAGUCCAUCGACGACCUCAUCCCAGCUCAGAAAUGAAAAGCACUUUAAACCC